ACAAUCAUAUGGAGCAAUGGAGUGCGUUAAUUGUGCUGUUAAAACAAAUAAAUACAAAUGCAGCAAGUGUCUGCUACCUUAUUGUUCUGUAAAUUGCUAUAAAACACAUAAGGAGUCUCCAGAGUGUGCGCGCACGCUAGCAAAAGAACAGCCAGGGCAGCUUGACAAAGCCGUGGCAGAAGAGCCUACAAUUUAUCCGCCCUUUAGCACAGAGGACACCUUAACACCUGCGCAGCUGGAGCAGCUAGGCAAUAAUGGAACUCUGCGCGAUCUGUUGUGCAACCCACAUUUGCGUAGUCUAUUGCAGCAAAUUGAUGUGUCGCACAAUGCACAGCUGGCCAUGACGGCAGCCAUGCAGGAGCCCCUGUUCAUAGAAUUUGCCAAUGCUUGUUUGCAGGAGGUAGAGCCUAUGAGUGACCAGGAACGUGCAGAAUUAGAAUUAUGCAGUUGACAUGUGUGACAUAUGUGAAUUAUAUUUGGUUUCGAUUAAAGCUAAGUUAGUUAAUACAA